AUGGAGGAAGUUAGUGAGUCGAAUCGCUAUUGUUUUCCUGCAGAGGAGGAAAAAAUCCUUGCUUGGUGGGAAAAGAUUCAAGCUUUCCAUAAGGUGCAGCAACGCACAGAAGGGAAACCGGAAUUUGUAUUUUACGACGGCCCUCCGUUCGCUACUGGUUCGCCGCAUUAUGGCCACAUACUAGCUGGGACUAUUAAGGACAUUGUGUGCCGUUAUAGGCGUAUGAAUGGAAACCAUGUAAACAUCCUUUUGGGGUUCGAUUGCCACGGCGUCCCUGUGGAGAAUGAGAUUCGUAAGAAGUUAAAUAUCGUGACGAGGAAGGAUGUUGUGGACAUGGGUAUCGAAUCAUACAACAAAGAGUGCAGAGCUCUGGUCACUAAUUGCGUCGAUCAGUGGGAGUCUGUGGUGAUCAGGAGCGGCCGUUCCUUUGGAUCAUUUAAAGAUGGAUAUAAAACCAUGGACUUUAAGUUCAUGGAGACUGUCUGGCGUAUGAAUGGAAACCAUGUAAACAUCCUUUUGGGGUUCGAUUGCCACGGCGUCCCUGUGGAGAAUGAGAUUCGUAAGAAGUUAAAUAUCGUGACGAGGAAGGAUGUUGUGGACAUGGGUAUCGAAUCAUACAACAAAGAGUGCAGAGCUCUGGUCACUAAUUGCGUCGAUCAGUGGGAGUCUGUGGUGAUCAGGAGCGGCCGUUCCUUUGGAUCAUUUAAAGAUGGAUAUAAAACCAUGGACUUUAAGUUCAUGGAGACUGUCUGGUGGGUGUUCUCACAGUUACAUCAUAAAGGUCUUGUCUACAGAGCUUUCAAGGUUUCCCCUUACUCCACGACCAUGGAGACUCCGCUUUCCAACUUUGAAGCUGACUCCGACAAGAGAUUUGUCACUGAUCCUUCUAUAAUCGUGUCCUUUCCCAUAAUUACUGGUCCCCAUCGAGGAGCUGCUUUUGUAGCCUGGACUACCACGCCUUGGACCCUGCCCAGCAAUCUUGCCCUUUGUGUCAAUCCUGAUCUUCCAUAUGUUAAGGUCCGCAACAAGUUUUCUGGAAACAUCUAUUUGGUUGCUGAGUGCCGGUUGUCUGAACUUCCUGCCGAGAAGCCCAAUUCUCUACCAAAAUCCAACCUACAAGCUCAUGAUUGCUAUCAUAUCUUGGAUAGAUUUUCUGGACUUUCCCUAGUGAAUACUAAGUACCAGCCUAUGUUUGAAUACUUCGUCGAGCUCUCUGAUGUCGCUUUCAGAGUUGUUGCUGACAGUUCUGUCUCUGAUCAAUGUGGUACUGGGAUUGUCCAUUAUGCUCCUCAGUUUGGGGAAGAUGAUUUCCGGGUCUGCUUAGAGAAUGGAAUUAUCAGCCAGGGACAAGAUCUAAUUGUCCCACUUGAUAGUGGAGGACGCUUUACUGAUAAAAUUCCCGAAUACGAAGGUCGUUUUAUCAAGGAUGUUGAGGUUGACAUUGUUGAUGCGGUGAAGACAAAAGGAAGGUUUCUCAAGUCUGGAACAAUUCAGCAUAUCAAAGCAUUCGGCAGCAGAUCCGAUAAGCCUCUCAUCCACAAGGCCUGUUUAAGCUGGUUUCUUGAGGUGGAGAAGUUUAAAGAUCAACUGCUUGAAGCCAACAAACAGACUUACUGGGUGCCGGAUUUUGUAAAGGAUAAACGGUUCCAUAAUUGGCUCGAGAAUGCACGAGACUGGGCUAUCAGCCGGAAUAGGUUUUGGGGAACACCUGUUCCAGUAUGGAUCAGUGAGGACGGGAAGGAAAUAGUAGUUGUUGAUUCUGCUGCGAAGCUGGAAAGGCUUUCUGGAAAGAAGGUGUAA